CUGUGAAGGACAUAUUAGGCGGUGUAAAAAUAGAAGACGUGAUGAAAACUGUUGGAACGGUAUUCAAAGAUUUACCCAAUGAAAAAAAUAUUCAUAUUGUCGUCGAAGCUCCUCCUGUGCAGUAUCAAGGGAUGCGUGAUUUGAUAAAACAAUUAGAUGCAACACAUUUGGAUCAUGAUCAAAGUUUACAGGAGAAAACGAAACUUCCAGAGCGUUCAUUAUUACAUCGUGCAUUUCGCAAACACGACCGUCCAAGACCAACUUACCGUGAGAAAAUUCGCAUUGUAAAUUAUAUUUCUUACGAAGAAUUGAGUGAUCUUUAUGAUAAACCUCAAAAAGAGAAAGAGCAGGAUAAGAAAUAA